AUGGCAGCAGGUAGUGAUGACCGAGACGAUGCGGCUGCAAUUCUCAAUUGGGAGGGAACAAACGAGAUCAAAAGUGCCAACGAAUACAGCAGAAAUCUUCUCUUCUCGAUUCUCGACUCACUGGAUGGUAACAAGACGAUAGUUUGGGAUAGGGAUCGGAGUGUUAUGCAUAGAGUUAAUUUGUUCGCCGGUGCGUCUGUGCUCGCCGCUCACGGAGUGGUCGCAAAUCACUCAAUCGAGACGAAAAAGAUUGCCACAACGCCUCAUGUCGUCUUCUUCUUGGCGCCAACGAUGGUUUCCCUGGAUUUAUUGUGUGAUUAUAUCGAUAAUGUGCGAAAUGAUACGAAAAUCCUGUACCAAGUGUUCUUUAUCCCAGAAGCGUGGUACGUUGUUCGAGAGAGUUUGAAGUUGAGAAAUGAGGGAAAGUACUGGGAACGUCUCGAAUCGGUGAAAGAGAUCCCCCUAUGCUGGUUGCCACGUGACGGAGAGUGUUUGUCGUUGUCAAGUCCACAAAUCGCAUCGAGACUGCUCAUCAACGGCGACUGGACACAUCUCCAUAAAUGCGCCGUCGCUUUGAACCAACUCGUGGAUAUGUGUCGUGGACGGUCCCCUUCUACCCAUCAGAGACCAAUGUCGAUCUAUUCGAAGGGAAAAUGGGCGACCGACGUGGCGAGAAUGAUGAAAAAAGUUCGGAGUUCAACGGAAGCGGAUCAUUUGUUGAAGAAUGCGGAUCCGAUUGAGGGACUCUUGAAAAUCAAUCGAAUAGUUCUGAUCGAUCGAUGGCUGGAUCCGUUGACUCCAAUGCUCUCUCAACUCACAUUUUUCGGAUUACUCGAUGAAAUUUAUGGGAUUGGAAUGGUGAAUUCGGUGAAAGUUCCAGAGACAGAGUUCACGAAUCAGGGGGAUAAGGAUGGGAAUCCAUUUGAUGAGAAGAUUGAGAAGGAAGUUCAUUUGAGAGAUGAAGUAUAUCAUAGACUCAAACACUCUCAUAUCAAUGCGAUUAGUAAUGAGGCAUCGAAAGUUUUGGCUGAAAUUCGAGAUGAUGAGCAGUUCGAUCGUGAGAAGAUGUCCGUCGCCGAGUAUUCCGUUCUCGUCAAGAAAAUGCCAAAAAUCUUAAAUCGAAAGAAAAUGAUUGAAGUACACAUGAGACUGGCCGAGAUGAUUCAGGGACACGUCUAUUGCAAAUUAUCGGAUUCCAUCAAAAUGGAAAGAGAUUGGAUCAGUGAAAUGCUCCAAUUUCAGUUGACUCGUCCACUGAAGAUUUCCUCCAUAAGUGGUCUCGUGUUUUCUCUCCGUGUAGGAGAUCCACUCGAUCUCUCCAGUUUCGAAGUCCUUGAUGGCAAUAGCCCAGGAUUGAGUAAUUGGAAGGGGUUUGCUAAUAAUAGACAUUAUAUUGAUUUAGAUGGAGUAACUGAAGGGUAUAACAGCAAGUUGACUCGUCCACUGGAGAUUUCCUCCAUAAGUCGUCUCAUGCUUCCUUUCCGUGUAGGAGAUCCACUCGAUCUCUCCAGUUUCGAAGUCCUUGAUGGCGAUAGCCCAGGAUUGAGUUGGAAGGGGUUUGCUAAUAGCAGACAUUAUAUUGAGUUAGAUGGGAUAACUGAUGUAUAA